CUGCUGAUUUUAAAUAUGCUUCCUCUUCCAGAUACAACAGAGGGUGUGGACGCACCUCCCCAGGAUAUUUCUCAGGUGCAGGGCCUGCUGGCGGAGCUGCGCGAGGGGCUCCGUGCGGCUCUGGCCGAGCUGGACGAGCUGCGCCAGAGGGACCACGUUUUGGAGGAGAAGCUCCAAGCCCAUCAGACCGAAGUGGAUGAUAAGAUAAUGGGCCUCAAGAACUCACUCAACACAUUUAAGGAGGAAUUGAAUGGGCCGCUGUUCCACAUUAGAGACAUGUCCAACAGACAAAGGGAGGCUCAGAGGAGGAUGGAGCUGCUGCUGCAGAUGGAAAGCAACAAGGAUAUAAUCCCUCUUCCACACAGGUCCAGCAGCAGGAAGGGCUCCGGGGCGGAUAUGCUUGCGCCAUCUGAGGAGGAACACAUCUGCACAGCUAGCCAAUCAGAGCUCAGCAUUUAUCAAAACUUCUUCCCGACUCUGCCCCAGGGCGAGUCCCCACAGAGGAGCAACACAUCUACACAAACCUCCACCUCUGACCAGGAGGCUCAGCAGCAGCGGCAGAAAUCUCCCACAUGGGGAGAGAAGACCAACAGCAGGGAGCAGAUGGAAAUCUCAAACAACCAGACGGAAAACAAUAAGCGACAAAGAGCCGCCCUGGAGCUGCUGGAGUCAGAGAGAGUCUACGUGUCGCAUCUGUCUCUGUUACUGAAGGCCAACAUCUCCUUCAACGGAUCCGAAGCUCUAACUGCCAAGGACAAACGUCCUUUCCCCAGCUCUUUAAGGUUUUUGAUCCAGCAGCACCUGGAGCUCCUUCACACCCUGCAGGAGCGCGUGCUCAGGUGCCAGUGGCAAGGCAUCAUGGGAGACGUAUUCAUGAGGCUCACCAGCAAAGAAAGUGAUUUUCUGGACUUCUAUGUGUCCUACCUGAAGGAGCUUCCAGACUGUCUGUCAGUCGUCGCCAUGCUGGCCUCCAGCUCCAUGAAGUCUUCUGCUUUUGUGGAGUGUGACAUUCAGGGCGAUGAAUCCAGACCUUCACUUUACACCCUGCUCCUUCAGCCCGUCCAGAGGAUCCCAGAAUACCUGCUGCUGUUACAGGGACUGCUUAGGCAGACAGAUGCAGAUCACCCAGAUUACUACCUGCUGCUGGUGUGCGUCCAACAGUUCAGGUCCUUCACGGCGCAGUACCACCACCUCCUUCAGCACAACCAGGAGCUUCUGCUGCUCAACCGCAAGGAGGUGCAGAGCAGGUCUAACAUGAAGCAGCUGUUAAAGACAGUGGAGGGCGGGAUUCAAACCAGCAACAUUGGUUCACCUUACCCUGGCAGUAACGCCAUGUUGGAACAUGCCAACAUGGUGAAGCGCCGGAAGCAGUGUCUCUUGGAGCAGAUCCAGUCCCACCGUUUCCAGGACUGGGAUCACAGUCCAGAGCCCCAGAGUCAUUGCUACAAUGCAGACUGGCCAUCCCAGAUGCCGUUUUUCAGCCACAAUCUGGACUCGAGGAAUCCAAAACAAACAGGUCUUGGCAGUAUCCCAGAGAGUGAGAUGCCAGAGAGGUCAUGUCAGCACAAUCCGCCCAGCAGACCCGCUGAAUUUCGUCACGUCCAGCCAGGCUCGGCUCUGGCUGACGCCCUGGGCGAGUUCCUCCUUCCUCCGGACCCUCCGGGGAUGGAGAGCCUCUACGACGAGGACGGGGUCUCGCUUCAAGACACGUCUCUGUUCGACCGCUGCUCGUCCGCCUCCUCCGACUCCUCCAUCGACAUUGCCUUUGUGAAGUGCCCCAAAGUGCCCCAAGGGUCACAGCAGGCGGUGGCAACGAACGUGCCGACAAGCCGAGACGUGUUUGGCAACGGAGGAAGCCAAGGUAAUGGUUACAGCAAACUGCCCAGCCGGGGCUGCGUGUCUCCAGAUGAAGCCGUGAUGACUCGCCGCAACCUCCACCGUCCUCUUCAGGCCAGCCAGCGCAAGAGUAAGUCGCUGAACGGUCUGCAGAUGGAGAACACGGUGAGCGGUCUCGAUGCGGGACCGCUGUCGGACCAUCUCAAGAGAGUGGGACUGAGCAGCCACGCCAAGCUGGAGCGUCAGGGCAGCAAGGGCAGUAAAUGUUCCACCCCGUCGCACAAAGUCCACAGUCCCCUGGGGAACACGGACAAACAGAGUUCAGAUCUUCACGGACUGCUCAACAUUGACUCGGGGAUCCAGUCAUGGGGUGACGAGUCCAAGUGGAGGAGCGGGACGGAGGAGAAUAAUCACACCCCCUUCAGCGAGAGGAGUCGCAAGGACAAGGGAGGCUUUAGGAGCUCGUUCAAGAAGCUCUUCAAGAAGAAGACCGCCGAGGAGAAGAAGGAGAAGGGAGAAAACCCAAACAACGUUGAACAAGAAACGGCGAUGAAAACCCCCAAACUGGUUCACCUGGAGAUAAGCCGUGGUACAGCUGUAUAGUUUGGUUGGAAUUAAAUUAACGGCUUUGUAUAAAUGUUGGAUGAGCGCCACAGCAGCUUUCCACAAGCUGAAAUGUGCUUUCUGUUUUAAAGACAGAGUCCUACCCCCGGCCUUCAGGCUGAAGGAAAGCACUUGUUGAUGUUUAUAUUUAUUUAGACCAGAACCGCGUGUUGAAUUCAGUAGCGUUAAAUUCUUUAUUACAAUGACGUUUGGGUUCAGGACACAGACCGUAAUUCUGUUUUCGGUCAUGGUGUCAAUUUGUGUUUUCAUUAUCGCCAUUAUUAGAAAUGAUUUAGAUUUUUUUUUGUUGUUGCUUUAUUGCCCCCCCUCCCCUCAUACUUUUCAGCCAACUAAACCUUUCCUGCUCAUUUUAGCCUUUUAAUCACAAGGUGCUUAAAACCAAACUAUAAAAGCCUGACAUCAAGCCGCUGUUUAUUUGAUUCAGCUAUACCCAGAAUUAUUGCACAUACUCAGGAAAUAUUAAAUAGACACAUUUGCAUGGGGUAACAAUGCUUAUUUAAAUAUACUAAAUGUCAAUGGUUUGUGUUUUGUGCACCAGAUUUAGCCUAAGAGAAAAAUAAGCUCAAUAAAAGUUCACAUUGGCCAUUUCUCUGGCGAUCAGCUGGUUAUUUAUUAUUGCAACGCUAAAGGACCCAAACGUCUUUGAACACUUUCAUGCCUGAAACUCUUCAGACUUACCGUACACUUGCAAAAGUUUUCAUGAUCCUUGAACUUUUGCAUACUUUGUCAUUAGAAAAAUCCUAAACGUCAACAUGUUUUAUCAGGACUUUAUGUGAUGGACUAACACAAACUAAUGCAUAUGAAGUAGGAGGAAGAAGAUCUGUGCUUUACAUUUAUUUUUUUUGCUGUAAUAAAUUGAAAAGUGUAGCACG